AUGGGCUCCAAGGAGAAAGACGUCAACAUGGAAGAGGCUCCUGAACCAGGACAACCUCUUGACGAGUUAGAUCCCCAGAUAAUUGACUCUGAACCAAAUACAACUACAAUGGAAGAACUAGAGAAUUUCUCUAUCAACCCAGAGGACCCUAGGCAGGUCUUGCGAAUAGGGAAGGCACUGUUCCCUAAAGCGAAAGAGGAGAUGAAAGGGUACGAGGCUCUCAAGGACAAAGUAGGCAAGCUUAGCCACAGUGGUUUCAUAAGAGAAGCCAUCUACUCAAGGUGGAUAUCAAACCCGGUCCUGGUGAAAAAGCCUAGCGGGAAGUGGAGGAUGCCCAUGUUCCGACCUGACGAGGAAGCUACGUCAUUCAUCACAGACAGAGGACUCUACUGCUACAAAGUCAUGCCCUUCGGAUUGAAAAAUGUCGGAGCCACAUAUCAGAGACUGGUCAACAUGAUGUUUGUCGAACUCAUUGGCAGAACCAUAGAGGUCUACGUGGAUGACAUGCUGGUCAAAAGCCUCUAG